GGCCAUACCCUUCGCGCGUGCUUACGAGAGCUCAUCCACCUGCGCGUCAGGGUAACGGGAUUGUCAUGGUUUAAGCACAGCUCUGCCACCCAAACAACACAUCAUCCUACGUUGCGAUCAUACUUGUGCUUGGCAGACCCAUACUCUUAAUCAUCAACUCUUGCCACCGCCUCGCCUUGUCCGCUCAGCUAGCUCUGAUCCAUGGUUAUCUAGUCGCUAGCGCCGAGCACCCAACUUCACUAUGCGUAUCAUGACCAGCAUCGCAGGGCAUCCCACCAUGGAAAACCAUUCCCAGAGCAAGCCUCAACAAGGAGGAAACAAAAUGCCACCUCACACAAACGUUGUAGCAGCGGCAAGCCAUGUCCGUCAAAUCUUUGAGACCAAGAAGCUCUCCUACAGUAUCAUGGGCGCGUUCGAGAUGUUUUGCCUGGGGAGUGGGCGCCCAGUGUCCGACCUAUACUUUGCAUAUGAACACAAAGACUCCAGUCGUAUCAAGAAGAAGCUCGACGCAGAUCGACGUAUUGUAUUGACCGAUAGCAUCAACCCGUUAACCCCAUCGAAGAUAUUGGUGCAAACAGGGCCUGCGUACCAUGACAUAGGAUGCGUAAGCUCUGCAGCAGUCGAAGUAUACUUGCUACCAUCAGGUUUAUACGGAACACCUCCCAGUGGCACUCUCAAAGACAAUAUAGUCCUGUUGGGCAACAAUACUGCAGGCAUGCUUAGGACUUUCAAAGGUCUAAAUAUGUUGUACCUGGUCAAGUCACUUAUUGAGUUCUGCAAACUGCGCGAUUUGAGCUGGAACCCUAUGGAGAACCUGCUGCUUCUGUGCGAGCGCUACGGAGGCCAGGUUCAAUCUGUUCGGAAUCAGUUGGAUCAGAAAGCAGCGUACCAAAACUUUCUCAACACACCCUUCUUCGCAGGCUUAUCUUGUGAUCAACAACGCAGGUGCUAUCAAAUACUGACCGGACAAGCACCACCUGCUACCACCGCAACGAAUUUCUCACUCCCUCAAAGUGGCUCAUCACGAUCGCGUUCCACCGCCGAUAUACCAAAUACCCAUGCUAUCUCGAAUCACUCGUCGCCAAACAUUUCCCAAGGCCUUCAGCAGAUGGACAGAGAGAGGCCUUUGAGACACACUCUCAAUAUGGGGUCUUUUGGAAAUCCUCCUCCAUAUUCCCCGGGAUUACAGGAGGCAACACCGCCAGUAGGAGAUUCAAGAUCAAGAUAUCGUCCUAUCAGUACUAUCAACACUAGGCGCGUGUCCAGUGGCCCUCAACUAAGUCUCAAAAUACCUAAUGAAUCACUCGGGGCCUCGUAUACAUACCGAAAAACUUCAGCGCCAAUGGAAAGUAUUCCACCUCUUCCACCUCGGCCAUCCCAGUCAAAUACUCAGAUCUCCCCGAUACCCAAUUCUCUUCCAAGUAUCCAAACUAGACGCUCUUUAACAAGAUCCGGCGCCCAACGCGCAGUAUCACGUGGAUCAUAUGUUCCUGAACAAACACACACUUCUGACCCUAUUCCCUUGCCUCAAAAACAUCCCAAACGCCAUUCAGCGGCCUUUGAAAUGUCCGCAACCCCCAUACAACUCAAAGACCCCCAAGGACCCACCGAACCACACGAAGAAUACC